UGUUUGACUGUUGUAUCGUUCUUUUGUACCAGUCGGCGUUUUGAUUAUUUUGCGUUAAGUGUUGGUAUUUCGUUUGUGACGUGUAAAGAAAUAACGGCACGAUGGAUAAGUGUGUAGACAAAUAUAAGAGCAAAUGGGAAUUUUACCGAAAAAUUGCUUUCGGUGUAAUUAUAUGUGCAGUUAUAUUAUCAUUACCAACAAUAUGUUCGACACAGAAAGAUAAUGCCAAGUUCAGAUACUCACGAGAAGCUAACGAAAACUUUGAUCCAAAAGUAGCACCACCUGUACAUCACCAUCAUGAUCAUGACGACCAUGAUCAUCAUCAUCACCAUCAUGAUCACGACGAUCAUGAUCAUCAUCACCACCAUCAUCAUAAUGAACAUUUCCGUGAUGAGCAUGAACAUGAUCAUCCGCAUGAACAUAUACAUAGUCAUGGACAAGCGAAGCGAACAACACAUCAGAAAGCUCCAGUUGACAUAUCCAAUAUAUGGUUAUAUGCUAUUGGUUCAACAUUACUAAUAAGUGCGGCUCCUUACGUUUUACUUUAUGUAAUACCCUUAGAUAAUAGUGAAGCAAUGAAACCACGUCUUAAAGUACUAUUGUCAUUUGCAUCUGGUGGACUGUUAGGUGAUGCAUUUCUACAUUUAAUACCGCAUGCUGCGCAUCCACAUACACACGGUGAUCAUGAUCAUUCGCAUCAUAGUCACGAACAUGAGCAUGGAAAUGAACACGAACAUGGACACAGUCACGGUCAUGAUAUGACGGUUGGUUUGUGGGUGUUGGGCGGUAUUAUUGCGUUUCUUGCCGUAGAGAAAUUAGUGCGUUUACUUAAAGGUGGUAAUGGUCAUGGACAUAGUCAUGGCUCAGCACCAAAACCAGUUAAAAAAUCUGAUGAAAAACGUGACAGCGAUGAAAAACCAGCGAAAGACAAACAGAAAAAAGGUUCUUCGACCUCAACUGCUAAAGCGUCAAGUAAACCUAAAAAAGAAAAGGAAGAAGUUGCAAUUACUGGGUACUUAAACUUAGCUGCAGAUUUUGCACAUAAUUUUACAGAUGGUCUUGCCAUAGGCGCUUCUUAUUUGGCAGGCAACAGUAUUGGCAUCGUUACCACAAUCACAAUAUUGUUACAUGAAGUGCCACAUGAAAUUGGAGAUUUCGCUAUACUUAUAAAAUCUGGGUGCUCACGUCGCAAAGCUAUGAUGUUGCAGUUGGUGACUGCACUUGGUGCUGUAGUUGGCACAGCGCUUGCACUAUUAGGUGCCAGUACCGGCGGUGAUGCGUCACCUACAUGGGUAUUACCGUUCACCGCUGGAGGAUUUAUAUAUAUCGCUACAGUUAGUGUUCUACCCGAAUUGUUGGAGGAAUCCACAAAAUUAGUGCAGUCCAUCAAAGAAAUUGUGGCGUUAUUAACAGGUGUGGGCUUAAUGGUAAUUAUUGCUAAGUUCGAAUAGUAGUAGUGAUAAUACUAACAAAGCCGUUGCAGCAUUAAGAUUACGCUUGAGCAAAUAAUACUAAAUUAUAAAGCCUUAAACAAAUU